AAUUUGAUAUUUCAUUAAUUAAUUACGAUCUAAUUACGUUUCCAAUGCUGUGCUCGACUUCAUCAAACGUUUAAUUUCCUUCCCAUUUUCACCACCUUCUUUAUCAAUGUCCGAUCUAUUUUCUAUUGUUUAUAAAAAAUGAACAAUAAAUUGAUUAAAAUUUUGAUAUGUUUACCAACUUACGAUAAUUUCUCUGUAAGUCGUUGAUUAUGAAUUCUAUUUGAAGUAGUCUAUCGCUCUUCGCCUCCCUACGUUUUCCUUGGACAAAUUUCUUCUUAUUUCAUAAAUUUACUCCCAUAAAUUGCCUCUCGUUACUCGUUCCUUCCCUCACAGCGCCUCUAAAAAUUGCUUACCAAGUUCCACAACACUGUUUACCGCAUACCGAAGUUCAAUGUACCUGUGUUUUAUACUUCAAAUCAAUAUUCUAGUGAUAUGAAUUUCGUGCAAAUUGACUGAUUUUUGUGUUAAAAUUCAUCGUAUCGAAUAAUGUAACCCCGGACUCGAGUACGUAUACACUUCGAAGCAGUAAUAGUACUCAUUGAAUUCCGCACGACGUUCUGCGAUGUCGCAGGAAUCUGCGAUUCAGAAUGGGAGGAUGCCUAGGUUCUAAUCGACGAGAAAGCGCGGAAAACGCGAAUUCCACUGAAAAUGGAUCUCGACCAAAUUCCGCUUCUGCUCGAAAAAAUCACCCUCUGUGUCACGAGGUUAUUCGUUGGAAAUCCGAUGUGCCAUUAACUGAAGGCCAGUUACGUAGUAAACGUGAUGAAUUUUGGGAUACAGCUCCCGCUUUUGAAGGCCGUAAAGAAAUCUGGGAUGCUUUACGAGCCGCUUCCGUCGCCCUCGAAGUCGCCGAUUACCAGUUAGCUCAAGCGAUUCUCGAUGGUGCUGGUAUUUCGGUACCUAAUGGUUUUUUGACCGAAUGUUACGAUGAAUUGGGAACCCGAUAUCAAGUGCCUGUGUAUUGUCUUUCAUAUCCUUUGAAUAUUGUUAAAGAAGGUAGUGGAAGAGAUUCCCCGUCUGAAUUAAUCGAAUCAGCCGUUGAAGGUAAAGAAAUUCCACUCAAGAUAAGACUGUCUCAUAAUAGUCAUGAUGUCAAAUUGACAUUGUUAACUACAGAUACCAUUGCAGUUGCUAAGAAAAAAUUACAAAUUAAAGAAGGCAUUGAUCCGUGCACGCAAAGAUGGUUUUUCGGCGGUAAAUUACUUGGGGAUAAAGUUCACAUAGAUGAGAUCAAAGUAUUACCAGGAUAUGUAAUACAAGUGAUUAUAAAUUCCGAACAAUAUAAGUGAAUCAAACAACGUGUAUAUGUAUGUAUAUGUCAAGUCAAAUAUUUCGAUAUCGUUCUAACGUAUAUAUUUGUUUUCUUUUAUUUUUUCAGUUUUCUCAUUAUUGUUAUACUUUUUUCCUUUACUUUGUUGUUUAUUUAUCUUCUUUUUUUUUUGUCUAUCUUAGAAAACUGCGGUACAAAAUGAAAGUUGUUAUUAUCUUUAAGACUAUAACAUCAUAUUAUAUUUAUUUCUAAUGUU